ACCCCACAGCACCCCUGCACCCCACAGCACCCCUGCACCCCACAGCACCCCUGCACCCUUGUACCCGAGCUCCCGGGCCCAGGCACCCCGCGGCCGGCAUGACAGCGCACUCCUUCGCCCUCCCGGUCAUCAUCUUCACCACCUUCUGGGGCCUCAUCGGCAUCGCGGGACCCUGGCUCGUCCCCAAAGGGCCCAACCGCGGAGUGAUCAUCACCAUGCUGGUGGCCACCGCAGUCUGCUGCUACCUAUUCUGGCUCAUCACCAUCCUGGCUCAGCUGAACCCCCUGUUUGGGCCGCAGCUCAAGAAUGAGACCAUCUGGUAUGUGCGCUUCCUGUGGGAGUGACCGGAAGUGACCAUGCAGCUUCAGGCCACAGGUGUCCGCCUCUGGAUGGCCUUGGCUCGACUGUCCCUUGUACACCCCCUGUCCUGGGCUCCCGGCCCCUCCCCCGGACCUGCCGUCCUGCUGUGUGUCCCCCCAGAAGCGGCCGGACCUCCUGGCAACCCCUCACCUGGGGCCUGGAUGCCCGGCUUGGCGUGUCAUAGGCCCCUCUUAGCCCCGACGUGGAGUCCUGACAGAGCGAGAUGGGAACUUUCCUAAGACGUGGCAGGCGUGGAGAAGCAUGCAUCCCCAAAAAGCAGCGGAGGCAUUUGGGACCAGGCUGAGCCCCUCCCCCCAUCUAGCUUCCUCUAGGCACCAUCCCUAGAACAUUCCCCCCAUCUUUCUCUCCUACCUGGGCCGCCUUUUCC